GAGAACGUCUUAUGAUUCUCGUAGCGCUUCCUGAAUAGCGCCGCAGAUGCCAUAGAAAACACUGCACACUUUCAUACCUUUUGUAACUGAUCUUGUGUCAGAAACGAAAAUGCAGAUUCUGAUUUGGCUUUCUUUGUUUGCUGUCGGAGCAAUGGGUGGGAAGUACUCGCAAGAAAUGAAUGAACAAAAGGCAUCUGAUAAAAACAACAAUCAGGUGGAAUUCAGGAUUGCCAAACUAAAUCAGGUUUGGGAAAAGGCGAUAAGAAUGCAGCUUGCACCGGUGAGACUCUCAGAACUCCACAGUGACCUGAAGAUCCAAGAGAAAGAUGAACUUCAGUGGAAAAAACUGAAAGCAGAAGGGAUGGAUGAGGAUGGAGAGAGAGAAGCCAAGCUCAGACGCAAUUUUAAUAUUAUUUUAGCAAAGUAUGGAAUGGAUGGGAAAAAAGACACCCGGACACUGGACAGCAACAGACUGAAAGAUCAUGAUGUUAAAGAGGGAGACACAUUUGAUGACCCAAGGCUGGACAAGCUGUGGAACAAGGCUAAGACUUCUGGAAAGUUCUCUGACGAGGAGCUCCAGACCUUGCAGAGAGAAUUCCGGCACCACAAAGACAAAAUCAAUGAGUACAACAUUGUCAUGGACACUGUCAGCCGGACAGAAGAGAUCCAUAAGAAUGUAAUCAGUCCUCUGGAGGGUGACAUGAAGGAAGAUGUUCUCCAUCAGAAACACGCAGAUCUGAAGCAGAGGAUGAGGUACCUUAACCAGGGCUUUGAACGACUCCGCAAGAUCACCCAUGAGGGUUACAGUGCUGACAGUGAAUUUAAGCAACCACGAGUCAUAGAACUUUGGGAGAUGGCAAAAAGAUCGAAUCUCAGUGAAGAUGAACUUGACUCUCUUAAAGAGGAACUUAGACACUUUGAAACAAAGGUGGAGAAGCACCAGCACUAUCAGGAGCAGCUUGAACUGUCUCAUCAGAAGCUGAAGCAUGUGGAGGCCCUGGGAGACGAAGAUCACAUCAUGAGAAACAAAGAGAAAUACAACACUCUUGCUGAGAAAGCACGAGAAAUGGGAUACAAGAUGAAGAAACACUUGCAGGACUUGACGAAUAAGAUUUCCCGAAAUGGAUUGCAACACAAUGAACUCUGAAUACCAUUUUUGUCAUAAUGACAGCACUACUGUCAGCUAGAGCUGGUCAGAUGUCACACAUGCUGUAUUCCAAAAUGUUAUCCAACACAGAUGGGCCAGGGUUAUAAAGGUAGGGCAUAUUGUACGUGAAAUUAACAUUUCCAUUGGGAAACCAGACUACAUGAUCAUUUUAUUUUAAACAGUACUGAGCAAUGAUGAGUUCUGCUUUUGUUGGUUAUUUCCCGUUUCUU